AUGUUCAAAAGGCUUACGCCUCAAUGCCUCAAGGCUUACGCCUCGCAUAGCGCUACUAAAAACGCCUCGCUUAUACGCCUCGCCUUUGAAAACAUUGAUCAGCAGUACAACCAACUGUCCAACCUCCCCCCAGCCAUAUAUUUGAGUAACAACAGCCUUAAUGGCAGUAUCCCCAUUGAGAUUGGCCGAUUGAAGUUUAUUCAUGUGUUGGACCUUAGUCAUAACAAAUUCUCUGGCAGCAUCCCAGAUCAAAUUUCUAACCUCACUAACUUAGAGAAAUUGGAUCUUUCCUAUAACAAUCUAUCUGGUGAAAUCCCUGUUUCUCUCAAAGGUCUGCAUUUCUUGUCUUCCUUCAGUGUGGCAUACAAUGAUCUUCAGGGACUUGUACCAUCUGGAGGUCAGUUUGAUACUUUUACCAUCUCCAGCUUUGAAGGGAAUCCGGGCUUAUGUGUCCCUCCAACUCCCAAGCGCUCUUGCCAUCAAAGCCCUCAAAGCCCUCCGCAAGUACUUGAAGUUACUCGCAGAUCUAAGACACAGACGAUUCUUAUUGCACUCGUCUUUGGGAUCUUCUUUGGCAUUGGCUUUGGUAUUGGUUUUAGCAUGGAUGAUUAA